AUCUCCGAGUGAGUCACAAAGGAAAUGGAUUUUGAGAACGAGGGUUCGAUAUCCUAAAUAGCCUCUUAUAUAAAGGGCAGCUGGAAUGUCUGUUGAAGUACUUGGGGAUUAACUUUGGAACUGAGAGAAGAGCUUUUUACACUGUCUAUCCCUUGGGUGGGUCACAUAUACCAAUGAUUAUAUAGGUCCCCUGUGAUCUGGCAUCAUGCCUGUCAUUGCAUCUUUCCUACUAAUGGCCAUUCUUUGGACAAUUACAGUCAAUGAAGAUGCUGUUAUAUCGCUGGAAGAAAUGAUUAAGUCGAAUCCACCUACGGAUAUUAAAUUCGCUCCUGGUCGUUUGGGAGAGCACAUUGUGUCCUGGAGCGGAAGCUGCAAUUGUACAUAUAAUGAUACCUAUUACUGGUUUCGCAGCAGUUAUCUGGAUAAAAAGAAUGAAACGUUAAAUGAUAUCCUCAUUAAAACACAUGAACAGAAAAUAAAUAUGGAAAUCCAUCGAGGAAUACUUGUUCAAGUUAAACUAUCCAAAGGUGAUGAAAAGUCGACAUCUAGCAAUUGGACUAAAAUGAUUUUUCACCCAUCACGUGAUGCAUUUACCUCAAUUGACAAUCUCACAUGUGUUUUUUAUGGAACCACCUACAUGAACUGCACUUGGAACAUAGCUGAAGAUGCACCCCCAGAUGCAGAAUACUUUUUAUCCUACAGGAAAGCAUAUGCAGAUGAUGUAAAGAACUGCACACAUUAUCAGAGCAAUGGACAGAGAAAUGUUGCCUGCUAUGGUCAUAAAUAUGAAGAGCACUUGCUCACUGAGGUGAACAUUUGUGUUAGCGAAUUGAGCAACAAGACAAAAUUACCGUACUGCAGAAACAUUUUUCCAGCCACCUACCAAAAACUUGACCCUCCAAUAAAUAUUGUGAUAAACAAAAGCACUGAUGAAGUAAAAUGGGAACUUCCAGAAAUGGGUCUUAAUGACGAUUGUCACACCUAUCAAAUAAAUAUCACAAACUGGAGUGACCAAAAGCAUGAGGUUCGAGAAGUGAACAGUGCCAAAUAUGUCAUGAGUAGAGAUCAUGGGAAAAGAUAUUCAGUGAAAAUCAGGGCAACAGUGAAUGAUAUGUGCUUCAAAAGCACUCUCUGGAGUGAGUGGAGUAAGCCCCUCAAUAUUGAGAUUGAGAUGAAGAAUUUCUCCCUUUCAACAAUUAUAGCAGUGGUCACACUUAAUUUUAUUGCAAUGGUUUUGGUGCCGAUAUUCAUCUGUACAAAGUUCAACUUAUGGUCAAAAGUGUGUCAACCAAUCCCUGAUCCUAAGGAGAAUUUCAGAGGCCUCUUUGAAGAAUGUGAUGGUGAUUUUAAGACAUGGAUUAAUAAGAAUCCAUUACUGGCGACCAACCCAGAAGAAUGCAUUCCAACAACAUUGAAAUAAGUCUAGAAGCUUAUAUCUAAAAACUGGUAUCAAGUGCAACUUUAUUCUGGACUGCCCUUCAUGAUUACAACAUUGAAUGGACAUUUGUUUCACUUUGGGUUGAGAUGUGCAUUUGAAAAGGAAAGUGUAAUCUCUACUGCUAUUGAUGACAAUUUUUACACGCUCUAUUUCUCAGCUCACUGUAGUGUUUGCUUUACUGUUUGAUGUACAUAUUUUUUGACCCUCACCAGAUGUUACAGAAGACUGUCCAGGGUUGAGAAAAGCCUCAAGAGGCUGAGGACAGAGAAAAAGAGAAAUUAUGCACAGUGAAGAGAAUUGGAGGCACCAUCAAAGAGGAAGAAAAGGUGGUGGGGGGAGAGGGGUGAGGGGCAGGAGGAUGGGAGGGCUGCUGGAAUAGUAAGGAGACAGAGGAAAGUGGAAGCAUCAAGGGCAUAAAGGAGGGACAGGAAUGAUGGAGAUAGCAUUCACUGAGGAAUGGCCUACAGGAAAUAAAUCGUCAAAUUAAAUGUGAAUUAAAUUGGAACUGUUAGUUCUGUCCAUUGUUCCAAUAUUUGAAUAAAAAGUAAACAUUCUA